ACAUUUUACCCUACCACCACGAGCAGAAUUAUUCUUUUUGCCCUUGAGGUUUCCUACCACCACUGCUUCUGAAAUCACAGACAUUGCAAUAUCAACUGUCAACCCGAGUUAGAUUUCAACCUCUACUCUGACGUCCGCGACCGCAUCCUCCAUCGAGAAAGAACAAGACCUCCUGAGAUCAACGCAACCAGCGGAUCGCGACGAGAUGUCCUCUACCCCACAAGAAGCCGACGGGGCCCAGGUGCCCCAGAAACACGGCAACAUGCCCGUGUCCAUCCUCUUCUGCCGCGAGUGCUCCAACAUGCUGUAUCCCAAGGAGGACAAGGAGGCCCGCCGCCUGAUGUACCAGUGCAGGACCUGCCAGCAUACCGAGGACGCUACCUCCAACUGCGUCUACCGAAACAUCCUCAAGAGCCAGGCUGGCGACACAGCAGGCGUCACCCAUGACGUUGCCCUCGAUCCCACGCUACCUCGCUCGGACAAGAAGUGCCCCGCCUGCGGCCACGAGGAGGCUGUUUUCUUCCAAUCCCAACAACGAACUAGAGAUACUGGCAUGAAAUUGUACUACGUUUGCUGCUCCUGUGGUGAGAUCUACCAGUAGGAUGGUUCUCGAUCUCCCACGGGAACAGUCUUUUUCAGUCGCCAAUCUGUGGCUGCUCGCGGGCAACAGUCCGCCGCUCAGCCUUCAACUCCACCCCGCCCUGGUCAGGCUGAACCGCCCUCUGUUGAGAGAACUUGGUCACCGUCUCACGCGUUCAUCAUGUCGCCUCUGAAUCUGCCGGCUGCCUCGUCUCUGGAAUGGUAUGACGGGGAAUUUGCACAGCCAAUGUCGAGGACUUUGUCCGCAGAAACUCGCGCGCCCUCGGUGCCACCUCCUCAUCCAGAGUCACAGCCCGUGUCAGAGACUGUACCUACAACCCUCUCCGAGUCUGAUACGUCCAUAUCGCAGAACGUGCCAACAGCGGGACAACUGUCCUUGGAUGACUUCAUGAAAACUGGUCCAGAUCAUUGAUUAGGGGAUUGGGAGUAAGGUUUGAUUCGGAUUCUUUCCGGCAAGGAGUUUAGGUGAGGAUUGGAAAUGGGAAGAAUGGGCGAAUAGACCGAAAAUGGAACAUGGUGGGAAUUUGUACCAAUAAAAAUUCAGAAGGAUAGGAUUUCUCUCUGCAGGCCAUCCCAUCCAAAUUAAUUGACCAGCGAUAAUCUUCAU